AUGGAGACUGUACUGAAGUAUAGAGUGAUUUCACUUCUGGUUGUGUGUCUUGUGCCAGCUUCUACUUCUUGGACCUGGAAUAGCGUCUUCCUGUCAGGAACUAAGGCAGGGAUGCCCUUAGCGGAGAGCAUCGCGACCGGAGCUCAGACGGGCAUGAGGGAGUGCGAAAGGCAGUUCACGUGGAACCGCUGGAACUGCCCGCCUCAAGCUUUCACGAAGCUGCAUGAAGGAGAACCUGCGACACGGGAGCGGUCCUUCAUGCACGCCAUCACAGCCGCCGGCGUUGUGUUCACCAUCACCAAGAACUGCUCGCGGGGGGAGCUGGAGGGCUGCUCGUGUUCGGGCGGCCAAGACGGGAAGCGGAGGGACUGGAAGUGGGAUGGCUGCUCGGAGAACGUCGAGUUCGGCUCCAGAAUCACCAAGCAGUUCCUGGACGCGCUCGAGACUGGCCAGGACGCGAAGGCGCUCGUAAACCUCCACAACAACCUGGUUGGCAGAACGGCCGUCAAGAGAGCAAUGCGGCGUGUGUGCAAAUGCCACGGAAUGUCGGGGUCUUGUGCCACGCAGACGUGCUGGCUUCAGCUCGAAAACUUCGCCAUCAUCGGCAAUGCCCUAAAGAAGGAGUACCGCCGCGCCACCCGACAGCGUGACACCGAUGCGCUGGAGGCCGCUUCGAACUCAGUGGUGCAGCUGCCUCGAGAAGACGGUGAGGAGAACUCCAUUCCGAAUGUGGACCCCCGGCGCCUUGUCUAUCUGGAUCCUUCGCCUAACUUCUGCCUUGCAAAUAAAACUGCGGGAUGGCUGGGCACGGUGGGGCGCGAGUGCUCAAGGGCUCGUGGUAAGGACGUGGCGAAGGAACAGAGGUCAUCCUGCCGCAAGUUGUGCCGAGAGUGCGGGCUGCAGGUGGCACGGAGGAUCUUCACAGUCAAAUCGUCCUGCAACUGCCGCUUCAAGUGGUGCUGCAGCGUCGAGUGCGAUACCUGCGUCAAGAAGGUCGCGAGGUUUACCUGCGUUAAGCCACUAAUGCAGCGCACAAAUCGUUAUUAAUCUUUAUAUCAUAAUCUAUUAAAGAAACUUUAUUCGAAAAAGAACACAUGAACAUAAAUAUUAUUAGUUGAACGAUUAAUGUCUGGAAUGGUGACAAACUAUUGAUCUGUAAAGAGCAGGUCUCACCUUGAUGUUCCAGCUCGCAGCAGAAGCGACACAAACACGAAAACAAAUCCAGGAACACCAAACUAACCCCCAUACCAAUUGCACACUUCUUUAAUCCUCUUAGAUUCGUCUACUUAUAUUAUGUUCUGUAAUUAUUUUUCUCUCUGUAUAUAAUGUUUAGGAUUAAGAGUGGCCCGUGACA